AUGAGUUUCUUUCGAUCCGGCAGCAACAACCCUUCACCACAGCAGCCACCGUACUCACGACUUCCCCCAAGCGGUGGCGGCGGCUAUGACCAAGGCAGUCGCAGCCAGCGAGUUCCGGCACCACGUUACAACGACAAUGCGGCCUAUGAGAAGCGUGUCUUUGACCAGAGGCAAUCAGCACGGUCUGGAGGUGGAACGUUUGGCGUAGCUGGUUCUCCAAACGACCUGCUUGCGCUUUCUAACCGUAUUAUUGUUCACCCAUCUGAUUUCCCCGAGGGUCAGCAUGUCCUUGUGAAACAGGCGUUUCCGUUGACUGUUAAACAUGACAAUACCGGAAAGCUAGCUCCUGGAACGAUUGGCGCAUCCGCGGUUCAACGACAGUGGAUUGGACUUUCGCUCACAGGCGAUGAAGUUACCGUCGAGCCUAUUUAUCCCUCUCCAUCGUACGUGCAGUCUAUCGACAUCGAAGUCGGUUUUCUCCGCCGCGGACUUGAGAUCCCCGAGCAGUUCUCCGCAGAUGACAUGAUGAAGAACUUUCUCAAAGCAUUCAGUGGGAUGGUUCUUGCGGUCGGCGAGAUCCUUGUGUUUGACUUUCAUGGCCACAACUUGAAAGGAGCCGUGAAGGCGCUUAGCGUUAUAGAGUUACCAGACAAUCAGGGAAUGAGAGCCUCGCACGGCUCCACUGCUUUUGGGGUCAUCAUGGAGAAGACAGAUGUGACGUUCAUCAAGGCAAGCGACAGUGCGAUUAAAAUAAAGUCGAGUGCGAAAAAAGCCCCUCCAAAUGCAAUCCUUGCGCCUAACUUUAAAUUUGAGGACAUGGGUAUCGGUGGCCUUGACGAUGAGUUCAGCGCUAUCUUUCGGCGUGCUUUCGCGUCGCGCGUCUUCCCGCCCGGUCUUGUUGACAAGCUCGGCAUCCAUCACGUUAAGGGUAUCUUACUCUAUGGCCCGCCGGGGACGGGGAAAACACUCAUGGCACGCCAAAUCGGUAAGAUGCUGAAUGCCCGCGAGCCCAAGAUCGUCAACGGCCCCGAGAUUCUCAACAAGUACGUUGGUGCAUCUGAAGAGAACAUUCGAAAACUCUUCGAAGAUGCGGAGAAGGAGUAUAAAGCAAAGGGAGAUGAGAGUGGGUUGCACAUAAUCAUCUUCGACGAACUGGAUGCGAUAUGCAAGCAACGUGGAUCUACCGGUGGAGGUACCGGUGUUGGUGACAGUGUUGUUAAUCAGUUACUGUCAAAGAUGGAUGGUGUGGACCAACUCAACAAUAUCCUCAUCAUUGGGAUGACGAACAGGUUGGACAUGAUUGACGAGGCUCUCCUUCGACCAGGGCGGUUGGAGGUACACAUGGAGAUUUCCUUGCCGGACGAACAUGGCCGAUUGCAGAUUCUCACUAUCCACACCGCCAAAAUGCGGAACAACAACAUCAUGGCGCCGGACGUGAGUUUGGAGGAGCUCGCCCAGCUUACAAAGAACUACUCCGGUGCCGAAAUUAAUGGUUUAGUAAAGAGUGCAACAAGUUUUGCAUUCAGCCGACAUGUGAAAGUUGGAACUCUAGCGGGUAUCUCAGACGAUAUCGAGAACUUGCGUGUGAACCGGAACGACUUUAUGAAUGCGCUGGAUGAAGUGCAGCCCGCCUUCGGUGUCUCCAAAGAAGAGCUUGAGCAGGUCGUGGAGAAUGGCAUUAUACACUACUCGAACGUCGUUGACGAGAUCCUCCGCUCUGGCAAGCUAUUCGUCGAGCAGGUACGUACCUCUACGCGGACGCCGCUUGUUAGUGUUCUCUUGCAUGGUCCACCGGGGUCGGGUAAAACAGCGCUGGCUGCGACGAUCGCACAAGCGUCACAGUACCCAUUCAUGAAGCUGCUCUCACCAGACAGCAUGGUCGGAUUCUCGGAAGCACAGAAAGUUGCAGCGAUUAGCAAGGUCUUUUCGGACAGCUACAAGAGUCCGCUGAGUGUUAUCGUGGUAGAUAACUUGGAGCGGCUGCUUGACUUCACACCGAUUGGACCCAGAUUCUCCAAUUCGGUGUUGCAAACCCUGAUAGUGCUCUUCUCGCGGCGACCACCCAAGGGACGUCGUCUGUUGAUUAUGGCGACCUCCUCACUUCGACCUGUACUCACAGAUCUCGGCUUAUCUGAGGCGUUCGACUCGGAGCUGCGCGUACCUCCGAUUGCCAACCUGCGUGCGGUGGAUUAUGUCCUUGAGCAGCUCGCGCUCUUUCCAAGCGCUCAAGACCGUGUCAAGGCGAUUCGCAUGCUUGAGCAGGCCGGCUUUGGCAGCCUGCAGACAAAUGACGACGAUCUAUCAUCGAGACUGAAUAUAGGCAUAAAGAAACUACUAAGCAUCGUCGAGAUGGCGCGACAAGAGCCAGACGCUGCGGCGGAGAGAUUAACACAGUCGUUAAUGGGAUUGGGGAUGUAG